AUGAAGUCGAAACCGCCGCAGUACGUCGACAUGCCGCCGUUCAGGCCCUGGCCGCUUUCCCGGCAAGUGCAACCUAAUUUCUACUUCCGCCCGCCGGAUAUCGACACGCGAAACUUCAAGACGGCUUCAUCCAAAGGAUCCACGUAUUCGGACUUCUCGGCGAUGAGCGCGUACAGUAAUAAGUCGCGCGAUUACUACUUCUUGUCGCCGAGCUAUAGAUCAGCUGGUGCGCCGACGCCCAGCAGCGCUGAGCUAUAUCUGAGUAGAGAGCGGCCGCGCCAACUGCGGAACCCGAAGGCGACGUCGCCCGCGUGCCCUUGUAGCCGCUCGCGAUCGCUCGAGGACGUUCGCACGGAAGUGGUCACCGAAUGGGAGGACGACGACGAGAACGGCAACCGUAUCGUCGCACCGGCAACCAAGUUCAGCCGCAGCGCAUACAAAAUGAACACCACCUUCCAGAAGCAGAACUACCACACGCGCCACUCGAUGGAAAACUUAGUGGAGAAGUCACCACAAGUGUUGCCACCGAAACGCAUCUCCGCCUUGCAGGCGCAAAACAGAAAUGGAACACACCAGAACCCGCCGAUAUCGUCGCCAAGCGCCGCCGUUGCUGAGACCAACGGAUCCAGGCCAAUGUUCAAACCGGUCUCGGUGCUUGAAGACCUGCAGGCGAUCAGAUGCGCUGAGUUCCACCCGAAUGGGAAACUGUACGCGGUCGGAUCUAACACGAAAACCCUCCGGAUAUGUUCGUAUCCGAAAAUCGACAAUGUCAAGGACACGAGUACUCCGUCCGCUCCCGCAGUUCUACUGAAGAGGACCAAACACCACAAAGGCAGCAUCUACUGCCUCGACUGGAGUCCAGCUGGUGACCUUCUUGCGACUGGCUCCAACGACAAGACAGUCAAAUUGAUGCGAUUCAAUAAAAACGUAUGCAAUCUGGAAGGACAAGAGGUGGAACUAACAAUGCACGACGGUACUGUACGCGACGUCUGUUUCAUAGAGGACACAUCGAACACAACCAGCCUUUUAGUGAGCGGCGGAGCCGGUGACUGCAAAAUAUAUGUCACCGACUGCGCCACGGGAAAGACAUUUCAGUCCCUCACUGGACACUCCGGACACGUCCUCUCCUUGUAUAACUGGGGCGGAGCGAUGUUCGUCUCUGGGAGCCAGGACAAGACCGUCCGCUUCUGGGAUCUACGCACUGGUGGCUGUGUGAAUAUAAUAUCUCCACCGAUGGGCCAUCCUAGCAAGGGUUCCGCGGUGGCAUCACUAGCAGUGGACCCGAGUGGCAGGCUUCUGGUUAGCGGACACGACGACGGUUCCUGCGCGUUGCACGACGUGCGCGGGUCGCGGUCCCUUCAGCGCUUUACAGUUCACUCCAGUGACGUCAGAAGUGUUCGCUUUUCACCCGGCGCCUACUAUCUCCUCACUGCUGGUUACGAUGGAAGAGUUAUGCUCACUGACCUCCAGGGAGACCUCACAUGCGCCCUAUCAAGCGUCGCAAUAGCUAGGCACCCGGACAAAGUAAUCUCAGCUAGAUGGCACCCAGACGACUUUUCAUUCCUCUCCACGUCGGCCGACAAGACCGCGGUCCUCUGGACCAUACCGCCUAUACAGACAGAAGAAGAUGAUGCUGAUGACGACGAAGAAGAAGAAGAUGGUGAUGAUGAUGAAAAUGUUUAG